ACACAGACGCUGAUGUUCCUACAGACUGUGCGGAUUGCUCCACCGAGAAUACCCUGUGUUCUUCAAGCUAAUCUAGUAAUAAAAAAAAACGUUCAUUAUACUUUUUAAACGUAGAACAGAUUAGCAGUCCGAAACCACAUGAAUGCAUCACACCAAUGUUCACUUUAGUGAAACAGUCCCUCAGGUCUGCCACACGGCCAUUGGCAACACUGACUCUUAUGACCCCGCAAACGUCGGGGAAGGUUGUUGUGUAUUCGAUGUUAUAAAUAUUAGGUGAUAUGUUGACUAAGGAAAGGAAAUAUAUGUGAAAGACGGAAUGUCAAGUAACGUGGGUCAUGCAACUUUGAGUUUACAUGAAUAUAGUGGAGUGAAUUGGUGGAAUUAACUCGUUAUUCUUUCCAGCAGAUGAUGCAGACCACAAUGGAAGGUCCUGAAGUUACUUUCCUCUUCCAAUUUGGGCUUGUUAGAGAUACAGUAACUACACCUGCUGGUUCAUUAGGACUGAAGACAUUGAAGGACUUAGCGAGUGACUUCAUCAACAAAAAGUUUCCUGACCAUGGUCUGACUUGCCUUGGUGAAAGGCUGCUGCUGUUCCGCCAUGACCACAGUUCUGCCAACAUCUUACAGUUGGUAAACUCGGCAGCAGAAAUUAUUGAUGAAACACUGGUGGAAAUUGUUUUGACAGCCCAAAUACCAACAGAAGCAGCUCCAUUAAGGCCACACACAUUAAAUGUUCACUCUUAUAAGGCUCCAACUUUUUGUGAUUUUUGUGGUGAAAUGCUGUUUGGACUUGUUCGUCAAGGACUGAAAUGUGAAGGUUGUGGGCUCAACUUUCACAAGCGAUGUGUGGUGAAGAUUCCAAACAACUGUUCAGGGGCAGCACUUGUCUCUGGAGAUCGCAGACGAUCCUCAACCCUUGCUGUUCCACGUUCAUCCUCCCAGGGGUCAAAUUCCUCACUUGCCUCAGAUGACACUUCUCUGACAGUUCCAGGUAGUCAAGGAACAAACAGAUCACCCUCACUUGGAGGACGUAUUCGUAUUCCACACACAUUUGUACUUCACUCCUACACACGUCCUACCGUAUGUCAGGUAUGCCGGAAAUUGCUGAAAGGAAUUUUUAAACAAGGGCUACAGUGCCGGGACUGCCACUACAAUGUGCACAAAAAGUGCCUUGAGAAGGUGCCUAAAGACUGUACUGGUGAGAGCCCAAAGGAUGUUACAGGAAGUGAAUGCACUGAUAAUGGAAAUGGAAGUGACUCAGUCAGUAGUCGGUUCAAUGAAGAUAAUGACAGUGACACUGAGUCUAGUUCUCCACCUGAAGCUCGAAAAUCUUCAUCUACAGAAUCACCUGUCAGCAAUGGUUGUGAGGAUCAAAACUGUGAUGAUACCGAGCCUCUCAUCAAACGACCAACAAGUAUGUCCCCUAGUAACAAUAUUCCUCUGAUGCGAAUUGUGCAGUCAGUGAAACAUACAAAAAAGAGGGGUUCAAAAGUUAUUAAAGAAGGAUGGAUGGUGCAUUUCACUAACAAGGAUCCAACGAGGAAACGACAUUACUGGCGCCUUGACACCAAAUCAUUAACAUUAUUCCAAAAUGACACAAGCUCCAAGUAUUACAAAGAGAUUCCAUUAUCUGAGAUACUUUCUGUGGAAACAGCUCGAAGCCCACAUGGCGAUGUGAUGCAUUGCUUUGAACUCAGGACGGCCAACAUUGAUUACUAUGUGGGUGAAGACCCUCUGCAUCCUGUAGUAAGGGAAGGAAGUGUGGCAAUUCUUCCUCCAGAGGAUUCUGGUGUAGGAGUUCACUUAGCUAAAAGCUGGGAAACUUGCAUUCGACAGGCUCUGAUGCCUGUAACUUCUUCCACCAAUGCAGAUAAUAGCACAGGCGAAUCCGAUGAAAGAGUGACUGACAUGAGCCAAGUUUACCAGAUUUUCCCAGAUGAGGUUCUUGGUUCAGGGCAAUUUGGAACAGUUUAUGGAGGUGUACAUAGAAAAACAGGUAGAGCUGUUGCUAUAAAAGUAAUUGAUAAAUCAAGGUUUCCAACAAAGCAGGAAGCUCAAUUGAAAAAUGAAGUAUCAAUUUUACACACCAUCUGCCAUGCAGGUGUUGUAAAUCUUGAACGAAUGUUUGAGACUCCAGAGAGAAUAUUUGUUGUCAUGGAAAAAUUGAAGGGUGAUAUGCUAGAAAUGAUUCUUUCAAGUGAACGUGGGCGAUUAAGUGAACGGAUAACUAAAUUCCUUAUAACACAGAUUCUUAUAGCCCUGAAACAUCUUCAUAGCAAAAAUAUUGUACAUUGUGAUCUCAAGCCAGAGAAUGUGUUGCUCAGCUCUGACUCAGAGUUUCCUCAGGUGAAACUGUGUGACUUUGGCUAUGCACGCAUAAUUGGUGAGAAGUCAUUUAGAAGAUCUGUGGUCGGUACUCCUGCCUAUCUAGCACCUGAAGUCCUUCGUAACAAAGGAUACAAUCGAUCAUUAGAUAUGUGGAGUGUUGGUGUUAUUGUUUACGUAAGCCUUAGUGGAACAUUUCCUUUCAAUGAAGAUGAAGAUAUCAAUGAACAGAUACAAAAUGCUGCCUUUAUGUAUCCAGCUAUACCUUGGAAGGAAAUUUCAUCAGAAGCAAUUGACCUCAUCAAUAAUUUGCUACAAGUGAAACAAAGGAAAAGAUUUACAGUAGAUAAAUCUCUUGCACAUAUUUGGUUGCAGGAUUACCAAACAUGGUGCGAUUUACGAGAACUAGAGAAGCAGGUUGGCAUUAGGUACCUCACUCACGAGUCUGAUGAUGCACGAUGGGAAAGUUAUCGAAGGGAACGCCUUUGACCAGCCAAAAGUUGGGUCACUGUGGCCAGGACACGCUGGAGACGUUUCAUCAAAACAUGAUGAAGAUGUUCCUGUCAAGCUCUCUAUUAGAUUUUGUAACAUAAUGUUGCAUCUGCAUGUUGCAGAUUUUACUAUUAUGUACUGCAGUUUAUUGAAUUGUUUAUUUUUGUAACAUUAUAGUGUAUAUA